AUAGGUUCACACAGUGGGAGUCCUGUCAGUUUUAUCUUUAGUUUAGACCAGUAUAUAGAGAACCAGCCAAAGAGGACAAGCAUGAGGCGACACUGUGGGCUCAAAUAUGGAAUAUGCAAGGAAUUUCUUGCAGAAUUCCUAGGGACAUUUGUUUUGGUGUUGUUUGGUUGUGGUUCUGUGGCCCAAACCGUUUUGAGUCGGAACCAACUGGGUGAACCCCUCACAGUCCAUAUUGGUUUCUCUGUUGGUCUCAUGAUGGGAGUCUAUGUGGCAGGAGGAGUGUCAGGGGGGCACGUGAACCCUGCUGUGUCCCUGGCCAUGGUCAUUCUGGGCAAACUGAAGAUCUGGAAGUUCCCCAUUUAUGUCAUUGCUCAGUUUCUUGGAGCCUUCGCCGGAGCAGCUGCUGUCUUUGGGUUAUAUUACGACGCCUUCAUGGACUUCACCAGUGGGAUUCUGUCUGUAACCGGGAUCAAUGCCACAGGUCAUAUAUUCGCUUCAUAUCCGGCCAGACACCUGUCCGUUCUGGGGGGCUUCAUUGACCAGGUGGUGGGGACCGGGAUGUUGGUCUUGUGUAUACUGGCUAUCAUUGAUGGGGGGAACAUAGGAGCACCAAAAGGAAUGGAGCCACUAGCAAUCGGACUUAUUAUCAUGGCUAUCGGAGUGUCUAUGGGCCUGAACUGUGGCUACCCUCUGAACCCUGCCCGCGACCUGGGACCUCGACUGUUCACCGCGGUGGCCGGGUGGGGCUUUGAGGUCUUCAGGUAAUAAAUAUAAGGUUAUAGUACAUUCUCACUCAUGUAUAAUGUAGACCAUUUAAUGUGUAGAUAGAUAUGGUGUGUACUAAAAUUAUAUCAGGUUUGGGUACCAGUUUCUCUGAUCCCAUUUUUGACUAAUCUACAAUAUACAGGGGAAAAGAGAUAUCAAUUAAUUCUAAAAAGUUCCUCACAUUUAUAUAUAUAAACUAUAUUUAUUCACAUUUAUGUGAAAGUUAAAUAUUUAUGUGAAUUUGUUCCAUUUGGCGCAUUGACUUUUAGUUUAUCAAUGCAAUUACUAUAAGGGUUGAAAUGAA